AGUUCGACAUACUUAUGUUUUUUUUUUCCUUUUUGUUCAGCAUAUUAAGUACUGCCGUAUGCUAUACUCUAGAGAGCUCAUUUGUUUCAGAAGAGGCCGCAAUGAGCUCCGAAUCUCCGAAGUCGGUCGAUGGUGUCAAGAGCCGCAUUGCUCCAUAUGGCCUGUGGUUGCUGAUUGCGCUUGUGGCUACGAAUCUCUUGACGCUCUACACUUUUGCUAUUCAUCCGGCAAGCGGAUCUGAGCUGUUCUACUCGGGAAGCAGAGAUACUAGUCAUUCAGUCGCGAAGCUCAACGAGGCACUGGACAAUCUCGAGGUAACCCAGAGAGAACUUCUUCGAGUGAAGCAGGAGUUAAGUGAGUCCUUAUCUCUCCUGGACGCACUGUCCAGAGGCAAAGCAGCAGGGGACAGGCCUAGAGAUGGAGAUGACUGCCAGUGCUUUAUAUCCAAAAAAGACGACUUUCCACGAGCAGAUGAGUUUCAGAAGCUGGUCACUCCACAGAUGCUCCCUCUGGGAUUUAGCUCGCAGCUCAAGACCGACGCUCUUACGUCUCCAGUCGGGCACGCCUGCCUGAUGCACAAGGAAGAUCUGGAAGAGUACAUGCAGUACAAAGCUGGGGAGCUUUGCCCCGACGACGAAUCUCUCACUCAGAAGCUGCUAACAGGUGGCUGUGAGCCUCUUCCUCGAAGGAGAUGCUUCGCUAGAUUGCCUGCCGGCUAUAAGGAGCCCUUCCCUGUGCCAAAGUCGUUUUGGACUUCUCCACCCGACGAGAACAUCAUCUGGACCGCCUACACUUGCAAGAGCUUCGAGUGCCUCAAUGCCAGGAAGAAAAAGCGUAUUUUCGCCGACUGCCUCGACUGCUUCGAUCUUGAAGGCAGGGAAUCCGAGCGCUGGGCUGGAAGUGCUACUGCUGGUGGUGGCCUGGAUCUCUCGAUCGAAGAGGUGCUAUCGUUCAAGCCCGGGGGCUCCAUCCGGAUCGGUCUGGACAUUGGCGGGGGCAGCGGCACGUUUGCAGUGAGGAUGCGAGAGCACAACGUGACCAUCGUCACCACGACGCUCAACUUCGACGGGCCUUUCAACAGCUUCAUCUCUCUUCGAGGCGUGAUCCCGCUCUACCUCACGGUCUCGCAGCGCUUCCCCUUCUUCGACAACACUCUAGACAUCGUCCACUCGAUGCACGUCCUCAGCAACUGGAUCCCGCUGGGGAUGCUCGACUUCAUACUGUUCGACAUCGAUCGGAUCCUCAGGCCCGGGGGGAUCCUCUGGCUGGAUCACUUCUUUUGCAUCGAGAACCAGCUCAACGAGGUUUACAUCCCCAUGAUCGAGAGGCUGGGCUACAAGAAGCUGCGGUGGACCGUGGGGAAGAAGCUGGAUCGUGGGCCGGAGCUCAUGGAGAGAUAUCUUACUGCCGUGUUGGAGAAGCCAUUUACCAGGUAGAAAAAAAAUGCUAGAUGCUAUCUGUCACCGAGUGUGCACGAUGUGAUUUGAAAGCCAGACAGUUUUGAAACGUCCAGACAAGCUUUUCGUUAAA